AUGAAUUUUGAACUCUCACGUGAAGAAUUUCGAACAAUGAUUUUGUAUGAUUGGAAAACUGGCUUAACGCACAAUGCAAAUCAUGUCCCUUUAGGGCAAGCAUGGGAGGACCAAGCGCCUUCUGAUCGUACAGUUCGCAAUUGGUAUCAUGAAUUUGACCGUAGCAAUUUCAGUGUUGAAGAUGCUGCCCGUUCAGGUCGUCCUCGAACUGCGAUCAACGAAGAAACAAUUGAUGCUGUCCGAUCAGUAAUCGAAGAUGAUCCUCAUUCAACAUACGAACAAAUUGAACACAUCCGGGGCAUUGGUUCGUCAGUGGUCAAGUCAAUUAUUCAUGAAUAUUUAAAGUUGCACAAGAUUUGCACUCGAUGGGUUCCUCAUCAACUCACCGAUGACCAAAAACAGUUCCGUAUUCAAUUUUGUCGAGAUUCACUUGAAAGAUUUGAAGGAGGUCAAUCCCCUCGUGUAUUCGACAUUAUAACUGGUGACGAAUCAUGGUUCUAUCAUUAUGAUCCAACAACAAAAGAGCAAUCAAAAGUUUGGGUGUCAUAA